CAGUGAGAGCCGAGACGAUAUCUGAAUCUGUCCCUGUGCUCUGUCUCCAAACCUCCACCUGCUUUUUGUUCAUUUUUUUUACGCAUAAACCGGAUUAAAUUACGCAUUGCGCCUUUAAGAAGCUGUCACCGGGAUUAGAGUUACGCGCAGCGACCCGGAGAGGUUUUACGCACCGUCGGUUUCCAGGGAAGGGUCUCCUUCAGCGACAUUUCUCCCUCUUGUCUUCUCCUCCUUCUUCUCGGGUCCGGACACCGCCGGGGAGCACCUCCACGCCGCGAGGACAUGGCCGAGACAGGGAAAGGGGUCACCGCCGGGAAACUGGCCAUCAACGUCCAGAAGAGGCUCACCAGAGCGCAGGAGAAGGUCUUGCAGAAGCUCGGCAAAGCAGACGAGACCCGAGAUGUGGCCUUUGAGGAGAUGGUGUCCAACUUCAACAAGCAGAUGAACGAAGGCACCAAACUGCAGAAAGACCUGAAAGCCUACCUGACAGCAGUGAAAACGAUGCACGAUGCGUCGCGGCGGCUUCAGGACUGUCUGGCCGACAUGUACGAACCUGAGUGGUUUGGCAAAGAGGAGAUGGACGCGCUGGUAGAGGACACAGACACUCUGUGGUUAGACUACCACCAGAACCUCACGGACAAAUCUGUGACCUGCAUGGACACGUACCUGGCUCAGUUUCCUGAUAUUAAGGCUCGUAUAGCGAAGCGUGACAGGAAGAUGGUGGACUUUGACAGCGCCAGGCAUCACUUCUCCUCCUUACAGAAAGGAAAGAAGAAGGACGAGGCCAAGAUCGCAAAGGCGGAGGAGGAGCUGGGUCGAGCUCAGAAGAUCUUUGAGGAGCUGAACGUGGAGUUACAAGAUGAGCUUCCAGUGUUGUGGGACAAUCGUGUUGCCAUCUAUGUUAACACAUUCCAGGGUCUGGCUGGUCAUCAGGAGAGGUUCCACAGAGAAAUGAGCAAGCUCAGCCAAAACCUGAACGACAUCAUGACCAAACUGGAAGAGCAGCGGCAGCAGAAAAAAGAUGGUACUGCAGCGGCAAAGACAGGAGACGGUGCCAAGAGUGAGCAAGCCAACCACAGUGAAUCAGCCAGCUCACCACCAAAGAAGCCCGGUCCUCCUCCCAGUCGUCCUCCACCUCGACUGACGCCGUCUCCGGACCAGAGACAGCAGCAUGUCGACGAGUGCGAGGAUGACACCUCUGUGCCUGACACUAACACAGACUCUGCCACCACAACGACGCCGCAGCAGUCUGAGCCCUGGUCAGGGGGGAACCUGUUGGACUGGGAUGUAGAGGUAUUACAGCCCAUCACAUUUCCAGCUCCCAAGGCGCCAUCAUGGGCCUCAUGGAGUGCGGUCACCAAUGGCUCGGAUGGCGAACUCCCUCCAGGAUUCCUCUACAAGGUAAAAGCGAUACAUGAUUACGCCGCCACUGAUGGCGAUGAACUGGAACUGAAGAUGGGCGAUAUGGUUCUGGCUUUGGCCUUUGACAACCCAGACGAACAGGACGACGGCUGGCUCAUGGGCGUGAAGGAGUCUCACUGGGUGCAGAACAAAGAUAUUUCAGCCAAAGGUGUUUUCCCGGAGAACUUUACCCAGAAGGUGUGAGGUUCACGCCACAUAAAGAUUCUCCCCUCCUCUUGUGCCCCAAACUCCUCAGAUAUUUAUCUGGUAAAGACACGGUCGAACCGUCACUAAAUGUCUAUUUACACACCAAAAUGUAUCGGUACAUGAUUAGAAAUAUGUACUGAAAUACAAGUACAUCUCAAUGUCUAUGAUACCAAAUGAUUUGUUUGUGCAGUUCAAAACAGUGCCAGUUAGUUUAACUCUUAUGAACACAUUUACACAAACCUAAUUGAAAAAAAAAUAAAUGAUAGAAAAAGUAAGUUUUACCCCGACUCACUACCAUGUGGUAAAUGAUUGUCAAAUUGUACACCCAAAAUUAAGCUUAUUGAUUUGUUUUUGUUUUGAUUUGUUAUUCCUGAAUUAUUUAUACUUUUGCUGAACUCAAAUGAAACAUAAAACAAUGUACUGGCAAUAUUUAAAAAGGACAAAUAAGUCAUGGAUGUACUGUAUGAAUGUCAGAAUAUUUUAUGUUAUGUAUUGUCAAUGGCUGUGGAAAAAAUUAUGUUUUGAGAACUUUUCCCAGUUCCUUGCAUGAAGCCUUUGAUUGUAUCGUAAUUUACUUUGUAACACAACAAACACUGUGACACCAAGUGGGAUCGCUCUGUGAAGUGUGGCUGUGAUUGUCUGAAAGAUGCAGGUGUCCAAGGAUAGAGCCCUGGAGAACACCAUGGAUAUAAACAGUAUAUGUUUGUGGGGCUUUGUCUUGCAUUGUCAAAAUCUAUCUAUAGCAGUUUCUUGGGCUUAUAGGAUUAUCAAAGGGAACAGUAGUUUUUCAUUUAUUUUAUUGGCCAUUUUGAGGACAUGACUUGUUGUGUGGCUUACAUUUUCUAAUGCACAUACGGUUUUAUUUUGAUUUUUGAAUCAUCUUUUCAUUGAUGGAUAAAAAAAACCUUAUCAUCAAACUCAGCUGCUGAUUUUUUUCCUUCGACUUCUUUAGUUACCAGUAUUGACUAUUUACCACUAGUUGUUUUUUCCAGUAAACAGGUUUAGACCACACUUAAUACUUCCAUAACAUCAAAUAAGUCAGUUCAAUAAGUCAAACCAAUGCAAAAGGUAUUUUUACAUUGUGUGAAAUUAUUGAAUAAAGAAUCAGUCCAUGUGGUAACUAAUGCACCAUCUGCUGAAUCAAAUCAGUGUCAUUAAAGAUGAAUAAAACAACAUGUAUCAGUG